GCUUCUGAUCCCUUGCACUGACUGUUCAAUUCAGAUGAGUUUACUUCAGACAGAGAGAAUUCUUCAAAAUCAGCUUCUUUGUUAAGCAAGUGCAAGAAGUUGCACUGCCAUUUUGGAUAUUUCUCUGGCUGCCAGGUAUCCUAUCACUUUUAACCUGAGAUGGUGAAUAUCCCAGAUUUUUCUCAUUCAUCACAGAGUUCCUUUCUAUCCAACUGUCUCCUCUUCCUCCUCUGUCUCAUGGAACUGAAUGCAGAAGAAGGAAAAGUGAUUGGUCAUAGAGAACCAAUUCUGGCCAUGGUUGGGGAAGAGGUGGAGUUUCCUUGCUACAUAUCUUCCAAACUGGAUGCAGAAGACAUGGAAAUACGUUUUUUCCGCAACAAAUUCUCUGAAAUUGUCCUUAUCUACCAAAAUAGGCAGGAGCUAUUCAACAAACAAAUGGUAGAGUACCAGGACCGGGCACACUUAGUAAAAGAUUACAUCCAGGAAGGGAGUGUUUCCCUCCGUCUCUUCCACAUUAUUCCUGCUGAUGAGGGUCAAUAUGGAUGUCUCUUUCAAUCCAAGGACUUCUCUAACAGUGCUACCUGGGAGUUGGAAGUUGCAGGAUUGGGCUCAGAUCCACAUAUCUACUUUGAAGGCUUUAAAGAAGGAGGCAUCCAACUAAGAUGUAGUUCUAAAGGCUGGUACCCCAGACCAAAAGCAGUAUGGAAAGAUUAUUAUGGGCAGCAACUACCCUCUCUAUCAGAAAUUAUAACCCAAGAUGCUGAGAGACUGUUCCAUUUGGAAAUAUCUGUGGUGGUCAAAAAGGGAGCUCACAGUAAUGUGACAUGUUCCAUCCAGAACACCCUCUUAGUGCAGAAGAAAGAAUUUACAAUUCAUAUAGCAGAUGUAUUUUUACCAAAAAACUCUGCCUGGAGAGGAGCAUUCAUUGGAACCUUCAUGGGGCUAGCUGUCAUUCUGGUCCUCUUCAUGAUUCUGGCAUUCUAUUUCUUCCAGAAGCAACAAAGAUCCAAAGAAAAACUGAAGAAAAAAUCAGAGAAGGAAAAAGGAAAACUCACAGUUGAGCUGGGUAAGCUUCAGACAGAAAUUGACUGGAGAAGGGCAGAAGGACAGGCUGAGUGGAGAGCAGCCAGAAGAUAUGCAGUGAAUAUAACUCUGGAUCCAGACACUGCUCAUCCCAGCCUUAAGAUUUUAGAAGAUGGCAAGAGUGUUAUUUAUUGGAAUAUAAAGCAGGAUCUACCAGAUGAUCCUAAGAGAUUUGAAGACCAACUUUGUGUCCUUGGUCAGGAGGGUUUCAUCUCAGGGAAACACUACUGGGAGGUAGAUGUGGGGGAGAAAAGUAGAUGGUUCUUGGGUGUGUGUCAUGACUCAGUGGAACGAAAACAGGAGGUAAAGCUAUGCCCUGGGAAAGGAUAUUGGGUGAUAGGGUUGUGGAAUGGCUGUGAAUACUUUAUUUUCAAUCCUCAUCGAAUAUCUCUAACACUGAGAGUGCCCCCCAGGCGAGUAGGAGUCUUUUUGAACUAUGAAGCUGGAACGGUUUCUUUCUUCAAUGUGACUGACAACUCCCACAUAUUCACCUUCACUGACAAAUUCUCUGGGAUUCUUCGCCCCUAUUUUAGACCUCGAUCUCAUGAUGGAGGAGAAAAGGUCAUUCCUUUGACCAUCUGCCCAUUGCCCACCAAGGGUGAUGGAGUAGCUGCCAAAGAUGAUGAUGAUUGUGACACCUGGUUACAACCCUAUGAUUUAUCAGACAACACUGAAAAUGGGUGGUAAGGAUCCUUAAGUACUGGGCAGGGUACUUUCUCAAAAUAUGCUAUUUAAGCUUUGGGGAAAAUCUCCAUUGUCUAAGUCUCCCAGAAAAUAAUAAAACUUAUAUAUGCACAUAAAUAUGAUAGUCAAUUCUGAAUUAUGUAUGAUCAUGGAACAUAGGAAGAGCACAUAUUAAUUAGAGGGCAUUAUUCUCCUCAAUUUAGCUAAUAUUUUAGGUGUUACUUCUCCUAACCCCACUUUCCCAAUUUUUUUUUUAAAGAGUUGCUCAUGAAUAAUUAGAACUUCUUCAAUUUCUUUGUUCCCUAUUCUCAGACAUAUCCACUCUCUAGUCAUAAGUCAUCAAUAUGUCAAAAGAGUAGGCAACAAAGGGAAAGAAACGAGAGGGGUAUAGAUAUUCAUGUAAUAAUCAUCUUAAUGAACCAAAAAGGGAAAUGUUGAUUAUUCAUAAGCAACUAAUUGUCCUAUAGAAAAGAAAUGAUUAUAACUUACACAAUAUAUUGUGGAUUUAUUUUUAAAAGAAUAUCUAUUGCUAAAUGUUUGGUAAACAGAAAGCUAAAAAUAAGUAAAGGUAUUUUUUUUAAAGCUUAACUUUGGGAUUUAUUUAACUAGCUGCUCUUCAUGUUUUUAGUGAUCUCAUGUGGAAUAUUUAAUCGUUUUGGUAUUUACAUUGUAAUCAGAUGAAAUAAUUUUUUAAGUUAAUCAUUAAUACUGUAAUAAAAAGGUAUAUUCCACUCUCUUAUAUACAAAUCUCUUUCUAUACAAUCAGGCAAAUUAAGUUUAUUCCUAUCUAAAAUCAGGGAGAAUUCAAUUCAAUUUAAUAACAUAAAAUAUUUGUGUAUUUCUUUUAUUCAGCACACACAACAUCUGAUCUUUGUUCCUUUCUAGAUUAAGAUCUAUAAGUACAGUAAUACAAAGGAAAGGUCAUCAACUGCCAUAUUGUUCAAUGUCCUUUUGAGGAAUACUGAAGCUUUAGGGAAACUUGCAUGGCGCUGGUGCUAGCUGCCAAGGAAGGAUAUGAUGGGUAUUAAAAAGGAUUUAGUCUUUACAACCUAAAUAUUAACUGCAUCUGGGGAAAUUUUUGAUGCAGAGAUGUUAGAUAAGGAAGUAGGCUAACUGUCUGGUUUCUGGCAACCCUGUUUACACAAAAGCCUAUAAAAGGCUUGAUGUCUCCUUUGUAAAAUACCACAUGCUUUGGAUAGAAAUCCUGUUUCCGAGCCAAUAAAUUCUCCAUUUUAAAUUUAAAA